AUGAAAGCAGCAAAAUAACUUAAGAAAAACAAGCUGCAACCGAAAUUCAAAGCUUUCAACGGUCCUCGCAGCUUCUUUAUCAGUAUGCUUCGAUGUUCCAAAUCCUCCAUUAAUCGUUUUCCGAAAUAUAUUCUUCGCCAACUCGCUGUCCAAGUUCACCAGCUUCGUGCGAAAUCAGGUCGUCCUCCAUUCAAGAACAGAUACGACGAUGACGACGAGGACAAUAAUGAUGUUUAUACUCGAAAAAGAAAGGGUAAUCAAGAGGAUCGUUUACAGCUAUACAAAAGCAGGGGGCAACAUCUUCUUACUAAUCCGAGAAUCCUUGAUUCCAUUGUAAGGAGCUCUGGUGUGGGACCGGGUGAUACGGUUCUUGAAAUCGGGCCUGGCACCGGAAAUCUUACCCUGAAGCUUCUUGAAGUUGCAGACAAGGUUGUUGCAGUUGAAGUUGAUAAACGUAUGGUACAGGCUCUUCACACUCGUGUUUCUGAACAGGGGCUUAGCGAGAAACUAACGAUUAUAUCUAAAGAUGCACUAAAGACAGAUUUCCCACAUUUUGAUCUUGUGGUGGCAAACAUUCCUUAUAAUAUAUCAUCACCUCUAGUGGCUAAAUUGGUGUUUGGAGGAUACCAUUUUCGAAGUGCAACUCUUCUUCUUCAAAAAGAGUUUGCUAUUCGGCUUUUAUCUAACCCUGGUGACUCAGAGUUCAAUAGAUUAGCUGUUAAUGUGAAGCUGGUUGCUGAUGUUGAGCAUGUCAUGAACGUAAGCAAAAGAGAUUUCAUCCCAAUCCCAAAAGUCGACUCUUCAGUUGUUAAAAUCCAUUUGAAAACUGAAAUCCCAGAUGUAAAUCUCAAUGAAUGGUGGGCUUUCACUAAAACAUGUUUUGGCAAGAAAAACAAGACAUUGGGUGCAACUUUCAAGCAGAAGAAAAAGGUCGCAGAGCUCUUAAAUUUGUCAAAAGUAACAAAUUUUGAUGAAAAUAUUAUGCCACUUGAUGUUUUUAAUUCAAGUGAUGAUGAGAAAGAUGAAUCGAUCUUUUUGGGAAGUUUUAAGGAAAAACUUGUGGGGAUUCUUAGAAGUGCGGAUCUUGAAGAUAAAAGACCAUCAAAAUUAUCGAAUGAGGAGUUGUUGUAUUUGCUCUCUUUGUUUAAUAAGGCAGGAAUAUGUUUCCAUGAUCAAGAAAAGCCAAUGGAUAUCAAUGCUUCGUUUGCUUCAUCAUAGAGAUAAAAGUUUCUAACUUGACUAUAGUAAUUUGGUUC